GGGUUAUCGGGAAUGUUGGGAAUGGGAGACACACAAAAGGCUCCUCACGGAUGGGCUUUCCUGCUGGUUUUGCUGGCUGGGAAUGUUUUAAGGGGAUGUUUUAAGGUUGGAUUUGCUGCCGGAGUCGUGGUUCCCUUUCCCCGCUUCCAGCCCCCCCCCCUUUUCCCACCUCAUCCCUGCUCCCAACCAUUGCUAUUCCGGAGUGAUCAGAUCCCGCCCUGACUGCAGGAAUGGGUGAAAAGACAGGGAAUGAGGAUGCUUGAGAUGGGUUUUCUGGCGGGUCGGUGUCCCAUUAUUGGGAUCAUGGAUGGGAUGGGGGGGUCAAUGGCUCCGAGGUCGGAUCCGGAGCGGCUGCACAAAGGCGGCUCCGCAGUCGAGGAAAUCGGGAAGGGUUAUAUAAGGAAGCCUGGGAAGUUUGCGUCAUCCCGGAUGGGGAGGGGGCCCAGGGGCCAGAGCCGGGCGCUCCCUCCCCUCCCCCCCCGCCAUUCCCAUCGUUUUCCAUCACUUUUUAUUCUCCUGGAGCAUUUUCUGGGUUUUUUGCCCCCAAAAUUUGGCCAAUUCCCAGGAAUUUUUAGCUGGUUUUUAGAGUUUUUAGGUCUUUCCCCCCCCCCAUAUGAGGGCUUUUGGAAUUCCCACAUCCCAGAAAUGCCGGGAUGGGGUGAGGGGUGAGGCCACUGGAGCCGGACAUGGAGCCAGGAUUCCCUGCUCCCAAUAAAUGGAGUUGGGUAAAAACCCCAAAUUUGGGAGGGAAGAGGGAAAGAAGCACUUUUUGGGAAGGGAGGAUUUUCCUCCUUUCCCACUUUUCCUGCUUCCCAUCAUUAGGUUUGGACUUGACCUGGAGCUGCAGAAUCCAGGGACUGGGCCAGCAGUGGUAUCUGGAAUCUGAGGGAUCCAAGGCAUCCAGGAUCUGGGAGAUCCAGGAUCUGGGAAUUCUGGCAUCUUAGAAUCUGAAGGGUGGAAAAUCCAGGAUCUGGGAGUUCCAGGGUCUGGAAAAUCCAGGAUCUGGGAGUUCUGGUGUCUUGGAAUCUGAAGGGUGGAAAAUCCAGGAUCUGGGAGAUCUGGAAUCCAGGGGAUCCAGGGCCUGGGAUAUCGGGAGUCGGAAAUCCAGGCUCUGGAGAUCCAGGAUGUGGGAGAUCCGAGGUCUGGGCCCAGAGUGUCAGAGCAGGGACAGGUGUUCCCCCCAUUGGGAUCCAGGAAUGGGAAGAGCAGAGCCCCUGGAGCCAUUUGCUCCAGAGGAAUUCCCAUUCUGCCACAUCCCGGCCAGCCUUCCAUGCAUCUUCCCAAAUCCUUUCCCUUAUUCCCUCAUUCUCUUCCCCUCAUGCAUCUGCAGGACUGGGAGCAGCUGCUCCCCCUGGAUCCCAGGAUGGCUCCAUCCCGCUCCGAGGCCGUUUCUAAGGGCUUUUCAGGGAUUUUCCCUUUGUUUGUGUCGCUUUAAAUCCUGGAGCUCCUGGAGAAGAACCUCUGGGAUCCGCCCUCAGACUCCCUCACCUGCCUCAGAAUUCCUGCCCAGAGCCGGAGCCAGGUGUUUCUCCAGGUUUCUGGACCCCACCUGGAGCUGUGGGAUCCGGAGCAGUUUUCUUUCCGUCCUGGAGUUUUCCUCCCUUCCCUUCCCUUCCCGUUGGAUUCCUGCGGAUCUGGCUCCGGCCGCGGAGCCGUUAAAUCCUAAUUACCUUUUUAGGUUGUUAUCCUUUUCCUGCCGUUCCUGGGGAAUGCUCGCCCUGGGAAUCAGCCAUUUUGUACUCCGUGUCGGAACGCACUUCCCGGUGCCGGGAUGUGCCGAUCCCGCAUGGAAUCGGGAGCAGCUCCCGGGCAGCUCCGGGCUCUGCAUUCCAGCCGGAAGGCUCCGGAUGAGGAGCCAACUCUGCAGAUUUCCCAUGGAAUCAGAGCAGUUUUCUGUGGGAUUUGGGGGGUUUUGGGGCAGCAGGAAUGUGCCCAGGGGAGUUGGAUGAGUUGGAUCCCAUCCCUGAUCCUGGGAAAAUGGGGCUUUAAAUGGCUUUCUAUCCCAUAAAUAUCAGGAUUUUUUAAUAUCCGAAUGGGGCCAUUGAGCAACUCCUGGAUCCAAAUCCCUGGAUUUGGAGGGACUGGGUGAUUCAACCUCUUGGAUCCAGCCUGGAUGUGCCAGGGGGCAUCAGGUCCCACCCAACAUCCCGAAUAACGUGGAAUGUUGGAUUUGGAUGUUGAUUCCUGACCUGCCAGGUCUCUUCUGGGAUUGAUUCGGGAAUUCCAGCCCCAAAUAGUUGGGAAUUGGAGGGUAUAUCCAUGUUGCCUCCUGGGCUUAUUCCCACUGAGAAUUCCGGGCAGGAGCAGGGACCAGGACUUGGGUGGUGAAUGAGAGACUCCCGGGAUGUGCCGGGAUGGUGUUCCUGGUGCUCAGGAAGGAAUCCUUGGAGCUGAAUUCCCAAUGCUCCACCCUCCCAAUGUCCCUUCUUCCUCGUGCUGGAUCAGAGAUCCAGGAGAAGGAGCUGGAAUGUUGUUGGGCAGUGAGGAUCCCUGUGCUUGGGAAGAGCAGGAAUUUCCGUUCCAAGGGAAUAUCCAAGGGCUCGGGAUGCUCCAGGAAGCUGCUGCAGGUGUCUCUUCCUGGUAAUACUGGAAUUCUGGGCUGGUUUAUUUGUGAUUUCCCACUCUUGCUCCCUUGGAGCAGGAUCUUGGGAUUCACCUUGGCUCUUCCAGGGCUGCUGGAAUUCCCAGUGCUGCUGGAGCAGUCAGGAAAACAGGGAGACCUGGAGUCACUGGGACCACAUGGAUCCCUUGUGGUGGAUCAGGGGUCAUCCUAGGUGGAUCAGGGAUCAUUCCUGGUGGGUCAGGGAUCAUCCCAGGGGUGGAUCAGGGAUUACAGCCCCUCCAUUGGCUCCGGAGGGUCCGAGGCCAGGAAUAGGGGCUGGAAGACCAAUGUGGAGAUUGACUCAAUGGAAAAGCCUCCGGGAAGGGACUGGAGCCUUGUGGGGCUUCCCUGGAAAAACUCCAUCUGGAAUUAACUCCUGGUGCUGCCAACUUUCGGUUCUGGAUCCCAUUGGAUAAACCCCAGGAUAUUCUCCAUCCUGGUCGCAUCUCUCCCUGGAUAUUCUCCCUUUUCCAUUGGAAUAUCCCUGGUUUUGGCCCAACUCGUCCCGGCCUUUCCAAUCCUCCCGUUGGCAUUUUUUUGGUUGGAUGUUUUCCCUGUGGGAGCCGGAUCUAAUAUCCAUGGAAAACGGGGAGCUGCUUUGUUUGUCUGGGAAUGCCAAACCUGUCCUGCCAGGCGGGAGAAGCACCCGGAGCCAAUGGAACGCAUCAGGGAGCGCGUGGAGCAGGAACCAUGAUCCCCCGGAAAACUGGGAAUUGCCACUGGGACAACGUUGUCCGGCAGACUGGGAUUCCUGGAAAGCAUUCCAAGGUCAGCCCUCGCUGCUCAUCCCACCCUGGCAGCCUCUGGAAUCUCGGCUCUACUCCGGCCCCAGGAUCCUGUUUCCAGGACAGUGUUCCUGAGACAGUCCCAGUUGGAGGCGCCCCAUGGAUUUGGCUCCUGUUUUCCCUGGGUUUUGCCACCAUUUGGGAAUUCCGUUCCAGGGAUGAUGGUUGUUUAAAGUGGAGUGGAGGGAGAGGCAGCUCCUGUUCCCUGGGAUGUGCUGAUUCCCGGGAGCAGGGCCGGAGGCAGCAGGGCCGGAUGAGCCGGUUUGGGAUGUGCCGGGACCGGAGUGGGGCCUGAACUUCCCACUGUCCUGGCUCCAGAGCCGCUGGAUCCCUGGGAUUGGAAUAACUCCUGCGCCUCGCUGCCGAGUAUUGGAUGGAAUCAAGGGCUCUCCUGUGGCUUUCCCACUGGAAAUUCCUGGUGGAUCCUCCCCUGCCCCCUCCAGCCGAGGGGCCUCAUUUGAUCUGGAAUCCAAAGCGUCAUUGACUUUUUAUUGGAUCUGGCCGAGCCUGGAAAACCUCUGGAGCGGAUUAAACACCAGCAGGCCCCGUUCCUGGUAACAGCACCUUGGAUUUGUUUGGAAAACCGGAGGGAAGGGCCUUGGGAAUCCUUGGAGCCCUCAGUUUAUAUCCCUGAUGGAGCGGAUGACGGAGGACGCGCUGCGGCUGAACCUGCUCAAGCGGGGCCUGGAGACGGGGCCGGAGGAGCGCGAGGACGUCCUGGCCAAGCGGCUGAAGAUGGAGGGCCACGAGGCCAUGGAGCGGCUCAAGAUGCUCGCCCUGCUCAAGAGGAAGGACCUGGCGGGGCUGGAGGUGCCCCACGAGCUCCCAGGAAAGCCCGACGGGAUCAAGGGCUAUGAGGAGAAGCUCAACGGGAGCCUGAGGCCCCACGGGGACGGGAGGGGCUCGGCCCGGCCCGGCAAGGAGAACAUCAACGACGAGCCCGUGGACAUGAGCGCCAGGAGGAGUGACCCGGAGCGGGGCCGCCUGACGCCAUCCCCAGACAUCAUCGUGCUGUCGGACAACGAGGCCUCCAGCCCCCGCUCCAGCUCCCGCAUGGAGGAGCGGCUCAAGGCCGCCAACCUGGAGAUGUUCAAGGGGAAGAGCCUGGAGGAGCGGCAGCAGCUGAUCAAGCAGCUCCGGGAUGAGCUGCGGCUGGAGGAGGCCCGACUGGUGCUCCUGAAGAAGCUGCGACAGAGCCAACUGCAGAAGGAGAACGUGGUCCAAAAGACCCCUGUUGUCCAGAACGCCGCCUCCAUCGUGCAGCCGUCGCCGGCCCACGUGGGGCAGCAGGGCCUGUCCAAGAUCCCGGCCCGGCCCGGAGCCCAGGGUGUGGAGCCACAGAACUUACGGACACUGCAGGGGCACUCAGUGAUCCGCUCGGCCGCCAGCUCGGCGCUGCCCCACAUGUUGAUGUCCCAGCGCGUCAUCGCCCCCAACCCGGCGCAGCUCCAGGGGCAGCGACUGCCGCAGAAACCCGGCCUGGUGCGGAGCAACACCCCCAGCAUGACCCCCACCAUCAACUACCAGCCGCAGUCCGGCUCGUCGGUGCCGUGCCAGCGCUCCUCGUCCUCUGCCAUCUACAUGAACCUCGCAUCCCACCUCCCAUCGGGCUCCGUGGCCCGCGUGUCGUCGCCGCUGCCGAGCCCCAGCGCUCUGUCCGACGCCGCCAAUUCCCAGGCGGCCGCCAAGCUCGCGCUCCGGAAGCAGCUGGAAAAGACACUCCUGGAGAUCCCACCGCCCAAGCCGCCGGCACCGCUGCUGCACUUCCUGCCCAGCGCUGCCAACUCCGAGUUCAUCUACAUGGUGGGGCUGGAGGAGGUGGUGCAGAGCGUCAUCGACAGCCAGGGGAAGAGCUGCCCGGUGUCCCUGCGUGUGGAGCCCUUCGUGUGCGGGCAGUGCCGCACGGAUUUCACGCCGCACUGGAAGCAGGAGAAGGGCGGGCGCAUCCUGUGCGAGCAGUGCCAGACGUCCAACCAGAAGAAGGCCCUGAAGGCCGAGCACACGAACCGCCUCAAGAACGCCUUCGUCAAGGCCCUGCAGCAGGAGCAGGAGAUCGAGCAGCGGCUCCAGCAGCAGGCGGCCCUGUCCCCUACGGCCGCUCCUGCCGUUCCCAGCGUUGGGAAACAGGACGGGAUCCUGCGGCACCACACGCUCCGGCAGGCCCCGCAGCCCCAGAGCAGCCUCCAGCGCGGAAUUCCCACCUCCGCCCGCUCCAUGCUCUCCAACUUCGCCCAGGCCCCACAGCUCUCCGUGGCUGGGGGACUCCUCGGGAUGCCAGGGGUGAACAUCGCCUACCUGAACGCCGGGAUCGGCGGCCACAAAGCGUCGAGCCUGGCGGACCGGCAGCGGGAAUACCUGCUGGAUAUGAUCCCGCCCCGCUCCAUAUCCCAGGCCAUCAGCGGACAGAAAUAGCGCCCGCUGCCCCCACCCGCCUGCAGUGCCUGCACUGGGCCAACUGGGCCGGACUGGGCCAGACCGGGCCGGACUGGGGCCUCCGCUCCGGGGAAACGCGACGAGAAACCGGAAAAAAUCCCACCUGGGAAAACAGACAGACAGACAAACCGACCCCACCCCCACUUCAGACAGCGCCCGCUCCUUCUCCCAGCCCCAGUUCCCUUGGUUUUCCAGCAGGGAUCGCUCCCUGGGCGUGAGGCUGGGGCGGCUCCGGCCGCUCGCCGCUGGUUUUGUAUUGCCGACGCUUUUUCCUUGUGUUGUGGAUUGGUUUUUUGCCCUUUUUUCCUUAUCCCCCCCCAUUUCCCUUCGCUCCCUGGAUGGUUAAAGCUUUUUUACCCCUUUUCCAGAAGAGACUUUGGCAGGGCACCUUCCCAGAAUUCCAGGCCCCAUGGAGGGAAUUUAAGGGCAGCCUGUGCUGAUUCCGGGGAGAGUUGGGGUCCCAAACCCCCUUUGGCUCCGAUCACAGGGGUCCCAAACCCCCUUUGGCUCCAAUCCUGGGAGUCCCAAACCCCCUCAACUCCAAUCCCAGGGUGUCACAGCACCCCCAGCUCCAAUUCCGGGGUGUCACAUCCCCCUUGGCUCCAACCCUGGGAGCCAUAAAUUCCUUUGGCUCCCAUCCCAAGGGUCCCAGACCCCCUCAGCUCCGACCCCGGGGUGUCCCAACCUCCAGGGCUCCGCAGAAGGAUCCAAGAGACGCCGAUCCCGACCCCUUUGGAUCCAAUCCCGGGGUGUUACAACCCCCUUGGCUCUGCAGGAUCCAGGAGACGCCAAUCCUGACCCCUUGGAUCCCAUCCCAGGGAUCACAAACCCCCUGGGCUCCGCAGAAGGAUCCAGGAGACGCUGAUCCUGACCCCUCAGAUCCCAUCCCAGGGUACCACAACCCUGUUGGCUCCGCAGAAGGAUCCAGGAGAUGCUGAUCCAGACCCCUCGGCUCCGAUCCCGGGGAUCACAAACCCCCUCGGCUCCAAUCCCGGUGUGUCCCAACCCCCUGGGCUCCAGAAGGAUCCAGGAGACGCCGAUCCCAACCCCAUGGAUCCCAUCCUGACCCUUUGGAUCCCAUCCUGACCCUGGGGCUCCCUCAUCCGGAGCCUGCUGGGUGUCCCUGGACGUCCCUGGGGCCGACGGACGGAGCUGGACCCGCCCCCGGGGUUCCCUCCCUGUGACACAAAGGGACCCCUUGAGGUGCCACCCCGUGGUGUCCCUGUCUCUGUCACCCUCUGGGGCAGGUGGUGAAGCCAAGCUGGGUGGCCUCAGGCCUGGUGAGUCCCUCUGUCCCCAAUCCCAUCUCCAAUCCCGUCCCAAUCCCUGCAUGUCCUGGAGCCACUUGCCCAGGUCACCUGUGUCCCCUGGGAAUGGUGACAAGUGGCACCAGCAUCCCCUGUGUCACCUGGGGGGGUCCCUGAAUGGCACCAGGGUCUCUGGGGUCCCCUGUGUCACUGGUGUCCCCUGGGGGUGGCACUGGGGGGUCUCUGGUGUCCCCAGGAGGUGUCAGGGACACCCCAAACCAAGGAAUGAGCCGUGAGAAAACGCUCGAUUUGCACUUAAACCUUCACGGGCCCUUCCCCACCUUCUUCAUCCUCCUCAUCCCCAAUUUCCUCAUCCUCCCCCUCACCUUCUUCAUCCUCCUCCUCACCUUCUUCACCCUCCUCCUCACCUUCUUCACCCUCCUCCUCACCUUCCUCCCCCUCACCUUCCUCCUCUUCUUCCUCCUCUUUUCCUCUUCCUCCUCUUCCUCCUCACCCUCCCCCCCCAUUCCCGACACUUUUCUUCCCAGUUUUUUAAGGUUCAAUGAGAUUUUUAAGGAAUUCCCAUUUUUUCCCUGAAUUUUUGACCCUUUCCUCAACAUUCCCAACUCUCUCGUGCAAUUCCCAAACUCUGCCCCCCUGAAUUGGGGGCGGGGGGAGAGACCCCCACCCACCCCCUAAAGCAAUUGGGGGGACCCCCAAGCAACCCUUGACUUGAGGGAGGGGGGAUCCCACCCCUAAUUUAGAGAGAGGGGAUCCCCCCCACCCACUCCCUAAACAUGGGGGGACCCCACCCCACCCCUGCACUGGGGGUGACCCCUCUCUACCCCCCCCAAAAUUCAAAGAGCACUUACCACGAGGGGGGGUGUCAGACCCCCCCCAAAAGAGGCAAAAGAACAGUGGGGGGUUUACAAUUUUAAUUAUUUUUUUUUAAUUUAGCGGGUUUUUAUGUCAAAUUUAUAAUUUUGGGGGUGCUUUUGUUGGUUUGACCUUUUUCAGCUGCCUCCACCCCUUUCCACUCCCAAAACCCCCCUUCCCCCCCCCGAAAUUCCCUUUUUCCCUCCAAAAUCCCCUUUUCUUACCCCAAAAUCCCCUUUUCCCCUUUCCCCUCCAAAAAUCCCCUUUUCUCACCCCAGGAGCACUUUGACAAAUGUUUUUUGGGGGGCUAAAACCUGAAGUUUUGGGUUAUUUUAGGGGUUUAUUUUGCUUUGGGGGAGUUAUUUCCCCCCACACACCACGGGGACCCCCUUCUGCCCCCCCCCAAGUGCCACUGACCCCGUCCCCGGGUGUCCCCGACAGGGCUGAGUUUUAAGUGAUAAAAUUGAUUCAAAACCUGUCAAAAUGGGGGUUUUAACCCAGAAAAAAAGAGACAAAACCCGGAAAAAAGAGAAAACCAAGUGCAAUAAUGGGGGGCCCGGGGGGGACCCGGGGAGGGCCCGGGGGGUUUGAGGUGCCGAAUUCAUGGUGCUAUAAAGUGAAAUUCGGGGGGGGGACACCCCUGUCACCCCUCCCUGGGGGGUCUCAGCCCCGGGGGCUGCAGGCAGUUCCCCCCCCCAAAAAUGAUCCUUUCCCCCCUCCCCCCAAAUGAUCCUCCCACGCCCCAAAACUGACCCAAACCCCUUCCUGGGGGGGUUGAUGACAAUGCCCCACCUUCCUUCCCCAAAUUGACCCGACCCCAAUCACAAACUGACACCCCCCCCUUCCUGGGAUCCCAGGCAAUUCCCUCUCCGCCAAAAGUGACCCCAGGCCACACACCCCUCCCCUCAAAAUUCCCCCCCAACCCCAUUCCCAAAAUCCCAAGGGGGGGUUGGAUCCAUCCCUUCCCCCCCCCCCAUUUCCCAGCACAGGUUCCUCCCUAUUUUUAUUAUUAUUAUUAUUAUUCUAAUUAUUAUUAUUUUUGGCUUGCCCCACCCCGCCCCCAGGGCUGUGAUAUCCCAGAGAAUUCCCAUUUUUUAUUCCCCCCCACCCCCGGCUCCGAAUUGAGGAUUUUUCCCGCUUUUUUUCCAGCUUUAGGGGUAGAUUUUUCCGCUUGUGAAAACGCUUCUUUUUGGUUUCUUUUGGUUUCGUUUUUUUGGGGGGAGGGAGGGGGUUGUUUUUUUAAUUUUGUUUCCUCCAAAGGCAAAUCCUGUCCUGGAUUCCCUCGGAAUUCCCAAAUUCCUGCCCACUCCCCCAAUCCCGUUUGCUUCCGCUCUCGCUGCCGAUAUAACCAGGACUCGUCCGUGUAUAUAUAAAAAAAAAAGAAUGAGCUGUUUCCUGUUCAAAAGGCAAAAAAAAAAAAAAAAAGACAAAAAAAGGCGAAAAAAAAGACAAAAAAAGAAGAAAAAAAUAACAAUAAUAAAAAUCAAACCUUGUACAUUGUGUAGAAAAAAAGAAAAAAGCAGAUGAGAAAAAAAACGGGGAAAACGAAAACUAUGGAAAAAAAACCACAAAACAAAACAAAAAAAAAAAAAAAAAAAAAAAAAAAAAAGAAAAACCACAAAACCCCCCGAAAUUCCCGGGGGAGUCUCCCGGGAUCAUUGUGGAAGUGUCACGUCCUUGUCGUGUGACCUCGUUGUGUGUGACAUGAACCGUGCAAAGGGGGGGCCCGGGGGGGGCCCGGGGGGUCCCCGGGGGUCUUUGGGGGGGGAGGGAGGGGGGGAUGGUGCUGGGGGGGUCUCCGGGAUUUCGGGGCCCCCCCCGGGGCUGCACUUCCCGAAAAUUGUGCCUUUCACAGCCGGGGCGGCAGCGGGACCCCCCGGGGGGGCGUCAGGGGGGCGGGAGGUGGAUUUUGGGGGGCCGGGGGGUCCCUGUUCCUGUAUUUGCACUGUUUUUAUUCUGGAUUGGCAUCGAGACAAUACACGGCUCCAACUACCCCGGCUGAGCCUCUUCCUGCGCCCGCAUUCCCGGGACAAGGCCCCGCAGCGCCGGGAUCGGGAGGAGGGGGCGGGAUUGGGGGGGGUUGGGGGCAAUUUGGGGGAGUUUGGGACAAAUCUGGGGGACCUUGGCCUCGUUUGGGGGAUUUUGAAUUUUGACCUGAAUUUUGGGGGUUUCAGCACGGGUUUCAUCCUGGAUUUUGGGGUUUCUGGCAAAAUCUUGGGGAUUUCUGUAACAUCUGUGGGAUUUCAGCCCCAGUUUUGGGGGUUUUACACCCGAUUUUUGGAUUUCAGCCCUGAUUUGCUGCCAUUUGGAUCCGGUUUCUAUUAUUUCAGACCGAAGUCCAAGGAUUUCAGGCUGCAUUUGGGGGAUUUUUGCCCCAAAUUCCCAAGGUUCUGGCCCUGUUGAAGGAUUUCAGACCCCAUUUCCAGGAUUUCAGGCCCAGGUUUCUGAGUUUCUGGGCAAUAUGGAUUUUUGGUACCAAAAAGCAACAUUUCAGCCCAAUUUGUUGGGUUUCAGCCCCAGUUUUCAGGACUUUGGUCUCAAUUUUUGGUUUUCCAGCGAAAUUUGGGGAUUUUGUUUGCAGGAUUUUAGACCCAAUUUCUAGCCUGGAUGGGGUUUUUUUGGAGGGGGAUGGAAAUGGGGCUUUUUUCACAUAUUUAAGGGGUUUCCCCCCCUUCUUUUCCCUCUUUUCCAUUGGAUUUGAGCUCAGGGCCAGCAGCAAAGUCAGGGGGGACACCUUGAGAGGGUUGAAGACCUCCCCAGUUUUUGGAGGAAGAUUUAAAGUGAAAUAAACUGGAUUAAAAUUAAA